CUUAACACCUUCCCAAUAUAAAAGCCCCCCGACAGCUUAGAAGAGAGAUACACAGUCAGAUUGUCAUUUUCUCGCCCUAAAGACACAGAGCCAUCGCCGGCGAUAGCGAAGGAGAUCGAUUAAAGCUUGAAGCAGAUAGACUCUGGUUAAUUAUUUACCAAUGGCUGUCACAUUCUACAAUCUCAGCUCGGAGUCUGGUCUCAAGAAGCUCGACGAGUACCUCCUUUCACGUAGUUACAUCACGGGGUAUCUAGCUUCAAAGGAUGAUAUCACUGUGCAUGCAGCUCUUUCUAAGCCUCCAUCAUCUGAAUAUGUGAAUGUGUCUCGGUGGUUUCACCACAUUGAAGCCCUUUUGAGGAUUUCUGGUGUUUCUGGUGAAGGUUGCGGUGUCACUGUAGAGAGGUCAGCUCCUAUCACUGAGGAAGCUGUCGCAACUCCUGCUGCUGUUGAUACUAAGGCCUCAGCUGCUGAGGAUGACGAUGAUGAUGAUGUGGAUCUCUUUGGUGAAGAGACUGAAGAGGAAAAGAAGGCUGCUGAGGAACGUGCAGCUGCUGUGAAGGCAUCUGGAAAAAAGAAAGAAUCUGGAAAGUCGUCAAUUCUGUUGGAUGUGAAGCCAUGGGAUGAUGAGACUGACAUGAAAAAGCUCGAGGAAGCUGUUAGAAGUAUUGAGAUGGAAGGAUUGACUUGGGGAGCAUCCAAACUCGUACCUGUUGGAUAUGGUAUAAAGAAAUUGCAGAUUAUGAUGACCAUUGUGGAUGACUUGGUGUCUGUUGACAGUCUCAUCGAGGAAAAACUCACAGUUGAGCCGAUCGAUGAGUUUGUCCAGAGCUGCGAUAUUGUGGCCUUCAAUAAAAUAUAAAUCGAAAGCUUGUUGGAGUUUUGCUCGAAAUCGGUGCAGGAGAGGUUCGUGCUAGUGAAGAUUCUGUUUACGCAUGACUGAUUUUAAGUCAUAAAUGUCCACUAUAUUCCUAUGUUUUCUUUCUCCAAGACUUUGGUAUCAAGAGUAUCAGUUACUCCCUUUUGGAUUCCUAUUUAAAUUAAUGCUUUUGUUGAAGUUA